AAAGUCAAAUAAAAACGAAUCUCACUGAAUAAUCAGAUGAUUGACGAUGAGGAAGCUCUUGUUGAAAAGAUUGAUUACUAUGCUAACAAGGUGAAUGUAUUUUUUGCUAUGCAACCAGCAACAGAAACCUUGUCUAAACUUGCAGAAAAUCGUAGAAAUAUAACUAGGAUGAUACAAGAGGCAAAAAAGGCUGAAUUACAAUCUUCAUCAGCAAAGACUACUCGUGCGACAACAAUAGGUGCUAGUAGUACUAGUUCAUCAUCUGGGACUAUUGAAAAUUCUAGGCAGAUAACAAUUGAUGAUUUUAUGAUAGACGAUGAUUUUGAUUUUGGAGGUGGCUUAGGAGGUGAUGAUUUUAUGUUUGAGGAUUUGAAUGAUAUACUACUACAAGUGAAACCCAAAGUGACGAUCAAGAAGAAAACUAAAACUGACAAUUCUAAAUCAUCGACCUCUUCUUCUCCACUGUUAAAAGAAUCGACAAUUGAAUCGAAAAAAGAAAUCAAGUCAACACAAGAGAAAUCUCAAAAAAGUAGAAAAAAACAGAAAGUUGAAGAAAAACCAUCCACUCCACCAUCUCCAUCAUCUCCUUCCCCAACAACUGAAACCCCUAAAGAAGAAACCAAUUUAUAUGAUGAAAGUGAAGCUGUAGAAAACUCUGCUGAACUUUUGGAUCAUUUAUUCAAACAUAAUAGAGGAAAACAUUUAGCUCCACCAAACUUCCAUUACUAUCCAUCAGAAGAUAUUCAAGAACAAUUAUCAUUCAAACAUUUAUUAUAUCCAUGUGAAAUGGCAAAGAAUUCCUCCCUCCAAAAUGUCCAAACUUUUUAUAGAAAUUCAGAUAAUAUUUGUUAUCAAGGAAUACCUUUCCUUCCUGCCCAAAGUCUCUACUGCCCAAAAAAAGCAACCCCAUCACAAAAAGAUUAUUUAUUAGACUCAGAUGCUGAGUUGAGUGCUCUACAAAUAGCUAGGAUUGAUGCAACUCUGCCAGAAAUUCGUAUUCAACGUCUCCUUAGACAUGUAGUUAAGGAUGACUUAUCUCUAUUCGAAAAGGAUUAUCAAUUUAAUUUAUUUUUAAGAAAAAACAACGAGGGAGAAGAUAUUCCAUUUACUUCUUACUAUAAGCCAUAUUUAAAGAGACGUAAAUGUGAAAAUUUACUCAAAAUGGAGGCAGAAGAUUUGAAAGAACUAGGAUUACUUCAUGGUGAUCUGAUACAUUGUCCUUUUACACCUGCAGAGGCUAAAAUUAUCAAAUAUCUCAAACAUAACAAGUGGAAUAAUAAGAAGAUUGCUAUCUUAUUUGAUAAUAGAAUUAGUGAAGAUAUUAAAAAUUAUUGGGAUGAUAUUUCAAAUGGAGAAGGUCAACACGGAGAGGCAUUUACCUUCUACGAAAAACCAAUACCACUUGUUUGUUCCAAGACAAUUAAUGAGUUGAUGGCUUCAAGAGAAAUCAAGACUAGCGAUCUCACUUUAAAUAAGCAUGUCAAUAUUAAGAAAAUUUACAAUGAUUUACCAGAUUCUGAUAGAUUUAAUUUGAAUACUACAUAUAGACAAUGUUGGCAAAGUCCAAACGUCACAAAAAGCUCCUUUUCAGACUUUUCUGGUUCCAUUGUAGAAAUUGCCUUUGAUAAAUCAAGUGAAAGAAUGGCUGCAAUUUCAACCAAUUCAGAGCCAAACGCUUACCUGUUUGAUUUGAAGGAAGGAAAGAGAGUGAAGCUUCAAGGACAUUUAGAUACAGUAACAGAUGUCAAGUUUACCCAAGAUGGAAAGGUAGUCACCUCGUCGUUUGAUAAAGCCAUUAGAGUUUUUGGUUCUGAUGGCACUCUAUUGAAGACUAUUAAAAAAUCAGAAAACUCAGAAGGUCACGAUAAUGAAGUCAGCUUACUGGCUAUCCAUCCAGAUGAUUCACAUGUUAUCGCUUCAUGCUCAGAGAAGGACAAGAGUGUAAAGUUUUGGGAUAUUAGAAGUGGAUCCAUGAUAAUUGACCUUAUGGCAAGAGAAAAGGUAAAAACUGAAAUAUCUGGAAUGGAAUUUGGAAAAGAUAAUGUAUUUUAUGCAAUGAGUAUUCUAUCUUCUGAUAAGAAACAUGGAGAAAUAUUUUUAUAUGAUGUGAAUACUUAUCAAUUGUUGGACAAAAUAAGAACCAAGAAUAAUGGAACAGAAGCUUUUUCUCUAUCACACUGUGGAAAGAAGAUUGCCAUUGGUGGAGAAAAUGGUACUGUGCAUGUUUAUGAUACAAAGGAAAAGAACUUGAUUGGUGAUAUUCAUAACACUAGACUUCACAAUAGAGUUUCAUUUGUAAAUUGGUCAGCUGAUGACACCUACAUGGCUACUGGAGGUUAUGAUGGUUUAGUAAGAGUUGUAGACCAGAGAAUGAAUCAAGUACUCUUUACUUUCAGACAUAGUUUAGAAUUUAUCCAAAAACAAGGUGCAACACGUAGUUGUUGGUCUAAUCAACCAGGUACUUCUCUGUUGGUAACUUGUGGAGAUAAUUAUGCUACACAAGUUUAUUCAAUCUCAAGUGGUAAUCCAUUUGUUACUUCAUUUGAGGAGAAGAAAUUCCCAGUCUCAGCCGUAUCAAUUUCACCAGAUGAUUUAACAAUAUGUUCUGGUGAUGACAUGUCUAAUUUGUUCCUCUUUUCUCUUUCAGGUUAUGAUAUAAGUAAAUAAUUUAUUAGAAUCCGAGAUCAUUACUGUUAUAUUGUAAAAUUUGUGAGAAGAGAUUUUGUAAGGAUUGAUAGCUUGUAGAAUCUUGCAUCCAACUUGUAAUCUUUGAAUUAACAAUUGGAAUAUGAAUAAGGGUAUGAAUUCCACUCUUGACAAAGGUAUCAAGAAUCUUCUUCUUAUUAGUACCAAGUAAUUUGGAAAUGUAAAGUCUUUCAUCCAUUGUAUUAUCAUCCAUUCUUACCAUAUCACUAACAGCAGCAUAAGUUGAAAUAAAUUCAAAUACAAUAUGUGCCUUAAAUUCAUCCCAACUAGAAAUCUUUGCAACAGUAUUAUAAACUGAUCCGAUUGAUUCAGUACAUCUCACACAAGUAUUCAUAUUAUCAACUUCCUUUGUUUCGAGAAUUGACUCAAAAAUGAUUACCCUCUCAAAAAGCAUAUUAAUUAAGGAAUUAAGAGUUGAUUGAACAAUAGAAACCUUUGUAACCUUUAAAAUUGAAUGUUGAACAAUAUAUCCCAAAAUUUCAGAAAGUGUUAUAAUAAUAUUUGGAUCCAAUCUCAUGGUUAACAAUUCUUCAGCUGAUAAUUUAGAUAACAUGAUAAUAUUCUUUCCUCUACUGGCUACAUCCAUUGAAGAAUAUGUGAAUAUACUUGUAGAAACAGCAAUAUCUGAAAUUAAAGAAAGGAAUAAAUCCAUUGUUGUUUUGGUUGUAUAAACAUGUG